GUGAAACGAUAGUACGCAGACCGGAAGUUUACAACAAUCGAAGAAGCUAAAGCUAACUAACAUUUUUCUUUUUCUUUUGAUCUCCUAAAACCAACGCGUAGGAAAUAUGGUUUGUGAAAAAUGCGAAAAGAAGCUUGGUAAGGUCAUCACCCCGGACACCUGGAAGGAUGGAGCACGGAAUACAACAGAGAGUGGUGGGCGUAAACUGAAUGAGAACAAGAUGUUAACUUCUAAGAAAGCCAGGUUCGACCCUUACAGCAAGUCAGGCUUUGCAACGUGCCGGAUCUGCAAGAGCUCAGUUCAUCAGUCUGGAUCACAUUACUGCCAGGGCUGCGCAUACAAGAAAGGAAUCUGUGCAAUGUGCGGAAAGAAAGUUUUGGACACCAAGAACUACAAACAGACGUCCGUGUGACAGCGUGCUGAUGAGAGAACGGUUCUUCCAAAAGAACAAGAGACUGAAAGAGAGAUCUGGAGAUGGCUUUUCCCCCUUAAUAUAGAAAUAUCACAUAAUGCUGCGGGAGCUGUUACAGUGGCCGUACGCACCUAAGUACACCUGUCUACAAAUAUACCACCAGUUGUCAUCUGAUUUUCUAGGAGAGGUUUCCAAAAUUCUGUGCGUUUAAAAUUCAAUUCUUGCAUUUCUUUACUUUUUAAAUAAUACAUGUCUGUAUGUAAUAUAUUGUGUUGCAUUUUUGAGUGAAAUAAAGUUUCCAACAUGA